AUCGUCGUCGUCGUCGUCGUCGACGCGCGUCGCGCGCUCGAGAGCGUUCCCUCGCGGAACUCCUAUCUGAUCGUUCGCGGCGAACCUCCGCUACAUCGCUCCGGUACGCCGCUCCAGUAUACCGUUCCGCGUUCCGGUAUACGCUCCUCCGGUACAUCUGUAUCGGAUCACGAAGCACCAACCGUCGACGAAAUCGACGACGAGAAGACGUCCUCAGGGAUAGCUCGCGAUGGAGCGUGUAAGGUUAUAACUCUGCCCCGUUGUCGUCGUCGUCGUCGUCGCCGUCGUCGCCGUGGGUGGUGGUGGUACUAGUGUGCCGGUGCUGGUGAUUGCCGUCGUCGUCGCGGUCGCGUCCAGAAUUGUUGUUGUUGUCGGGCGCAGCUUGCACAGGGGAACCCCGACAAGUUCGCGGACUCCGAUGUCGCGAAGCGCACCGAAAGUGAUCUCGCCGUGUUUACUCUGGCGACAAUCGAAAUGACGAUUUACGUGGGAGGUAGAAUCAAGCAAGAGGAUAAUUGCGAUCGAGGAAGGAACCGUCCAAUAGAAACUCAGCCAGACGUCCCAGAGGCAGCCGACUUCGCGCGAAAACUGAAGGGUCUGGGGCGCGCGACGGCGAGAAGAAAUGAGGUGGACGUGACACAAUGACAUGAUGAAGAGCCUGGUGGGGAUCAUGUGGAUAGUGUUGGUGCUCAUAUCAGCUCAUCUUUCAGGCGGCGGCGGCGGCGGCGGCGGUGGCGGUCCAACUCAGAAACUCAGCUCUUUCCCUGUGCUCGCAGGAUGCUCAGGAAAUCCGGACGCGAAGCGAUUAUACGACGACCUCUUGUCGAACUACAACAAGCUGGUUCGUCCAGUGGUCAACGUCACAGACGCCCUCACCGUUAAAAUAAAGCUCAAGCUUUCGCAGCUCAUCGACGUGAACUUGAAGAAUCAGAUCAUGACGACGAACCUCUGGGUCGAGCAGUCGUGGUACGAUUACAAGUUGAAAUGGGAUCCAAAGGAGUACGGUGGGGUGGAGAUGCUGCACGUGCCAUCGGAUCACAUAUGGAGGCCCGAUAUAGUUUUAUACAACAACGCCGACGGCAAUUUCGAGGUGACGCUGGCGACGAAGGCGACUUUGAACUACACGGGUAGGGUCGAGUGGAAGCCGCCGGCGAUUUACAAGUCUUCCUGCGAGAUCGACGUCGAAUAUUUUCCUUUCGACGAGCAGACGUGCGUGAUGAAGUUCGGCUCGUGGACUUACGACGGCUUCCAGGUCGAUCUUAGACACAUCGACGAGGUCCGAGGCAGCAAUGUCGUCGACAUCGGCGUCGAUCUGUCGGAGUUUUAUACUUCCGUCGAGUGGGACAUACUAGAGGUCCCUGCUGUAAGAAACGAAAAGUUUUACACGUGUUGUGACGAGCCUUACCUCGACAUCACCUUCAACAUCACCAUGAGACGGAAGACUCUGUUCUACACCGUCAACCUCAUAAUACCGUGCAUGGGGAUAUCCUUCCUCACGGUGUUGGUGUUUUACCUGCCAAGCGACAGCGGCGAGAAGGUCAGCCUAUCCAUUUCGAUUUUAUUGUCGCUGACUGUGUUCUUCCUCUUGCUGGCCGAGAUCAUCCCGCCCACGUCGCUCGUGGUACCGCUCCUCGGUAAAUUCGUCCUCUUCACCAUGAUCCUCGACACCUUCAGUAUAUGCGUAACAGUGGUGGUCCUCAACGUUCACUUCCGUUCGCCGCAGACCCACGUGAUGGCGCCGUGGAUCCGACGCGUGUUCAUCCACGUUCUGCCGCGACUGCUGGUAAUGCGCAGGUAUAAUACGCCAUCGCAGAGAACCGAUUACGAUUCCAGGCCGCAGUACCGGAUAGACAGGCGUAGCAUGGCCGGGCAUCAUGGGCAUCGCGUGAUGGUCCGAACAUGCAACGGUCUCGAAUUGCGAGACCCAUCACUGUUCGUCGAGACGUCGGCCUCGGAGCUGGUCGAGUCGUCUGUACUUUUUCCUAGUGUCGAUUCACGGGACGAGCUGCAGCCUCGGGAAUUGGGAGCGGUAAAUCUAGGGAGCACGUGCCAGAUCCACGGUUCGCCCGCGGCGACGGCCACCGCGCCGCCGCCGCCGCAGCUCCCGACGGAGGAGAGCGUUGACGCUCUCUGCAACACGCUUCAUCAUUGGCAUCACUGCCCAGAACUGUACAAGGCCAUCGAAGGCAUCCGCUUCAUCGCCGAUCACACGAAGAGGGAAGAGGAUUCCACUAGAGUCAAAGAGGACUGGAAGUACGUCGCGAUGGUGCUCGACAGACUAUUCCUCUGUAUCUUCACACUAGCCGUGAUCGUCGGCACAGCCGGGAUUAUACUGCAAGCGCCUACCCUGUACGACGAUCGCAUCCCCAUCGACGUACGGCUCUCCGAGAUCGCCUCCACCACUGCCAAGCCACACAUCGUCACGAGCCUCUGAGGGACAAUUACUAAUUACGUUAUCGUCACGCACGUACGUGCAUGCGUGCGUGCGUGCGUGCGUGCGUGCGUGCGUGCGUGGGUGCGUUCGCGCGAGACAGCGCGUGAACACGUCGUCAACAGCAACACAUACGAGCACGUAUACGCGACCUGCAACAAGCGAUUACUUAACGUAUUAACGUCCGAAAGACUGAAGCCUCGCUGAGUCUUCGACCUUUGCGCAAAUGUGCGAGCCGCGUACGCGCGCGGCUCGCAUGGCCGCUGGCGAACGAAGAAUUCUUAUUGUUGAGACAAUACGCCAAACAAUACAGCGCUGCGCAGCGCGCGGCGCAACGUCAGCGUUAACGAGCGCGCGAUCUCGUCCUCGCCGGCGGAACGACCGGCGGCGAAUCGAUCCUAGAAUGUAUAACGUGCUCCUUGAAAGGCUUUGUGAGCUCGCUGAGAUAUUUGUGUUUUCUUUCCGCGAGAUAUAUAUAUAUAUAUAUAUAUAUUUCGUCGUUCCUCCGAUUAAAUCUUCUCCUUUCCUCGGCUGAUCUUCAGUGAGAGAGAAAGAGAGAAAGAGGGAGCCGUCCCUCUCUCGCGCCGACGCUUUCGACGGAGAAAUUUAACGAAGUCAUUUAUUUCCCCGCUACUUGAAUUUUUACAAACUUGCGCCUCUCCCCGCUGAGGAGCACCCUGCUGCAUCCUGAGAUUAAAAUGAGCUUGGUAACGAUUCAUUUUGCGUAAUCGCCAACUCCCCGCGAUCCCCGCGAAUUGGCUUCGAGAGCGCUGUUGAAUUCCUUUCCGAUCGAUCCUGUCGAUGUAGCCGUACUGUUGUUUGCAAAGAGAGAAAUGCGCUCGUACAGAUGCGUUAAUUGAUUAUGAUCUGGAGGAGCACACAGGUGAGGGAGGAGGAGAAGGAGGAGACGCGAGACUGCUUCACGGAGAUUCACAAUCAUAUUCGUGCGUUGGCUUUUGUCGUCUUGCUAAGAAUUCUCGAACUACAGCGGGAGAUGAGCUUUCCGCGCAAACGUAUAGAAGGAAGUAAAAGGGCGAAAGAAUAUCACGAUGAAAAGAAAAAAAAAGCAUAAUACGUCUCAACCACUUGCACGUUGAUCGCGUUUGAUUCCGUGUAGCACGUGAAAGGAGUAAGAAGAAGUAAGAAGAAGUUCAUAACGUAUAGGUAAUACAAUAAUCCGAUGAAUGCGAGGUGGAUCUUCUUGUUUCUCGAAUCAGACAGGAGAGCGCCAUCCAAAUUGCGCACCUGGCCGGUGAUAUGUGAUUCUAUUUUCCGCGCGCGUUGUGCGCUGCAGUUGAAUUCUUUUCGACGUAUAUUCGAGACGGCAUAUACUUUUACACUAAACUAGAAUUUUUGAUAUACGUUGCUCGCGGAUGCGGGAUGUUUCGGGAUUAUAAUCGAAGACCCAACUGGCCGACAGAACUCGCAGAAACAACAGACAGAUUGCACGUAACACGAGCCAAGUUAGACCAAUUAUCGCAAGAGUUGCUGCUUCCGCGCGAGAGCGCGGAUUUUCGCUUCAGUCCGAAGACGAUCGAUGCUCUCCGUCAGAGUGAUCUAACUCGUCAUCGAUCAAUCCCGACUCCGAGGAGAAACGAUUACACGCCAGUCACAAACGCGCGAUAGUCUCAGCUUUCCAAUCACCACUCGCUCAAGCAUCCACGACCGCUGCAAGUCCAAUUAUCGACCGCUGUAUCGACCGCCGCGCUCUCGAUCAGCCCGACGCUCAUCAGCGCGCCGACUCACAAUGGCGACUCGUCGAGGUUCCGCUUUGCGCAAGCGUGCGACAUUCCGUCACGUACGCGUUUACGCAAGAAUGGAACGCGGCCUUGCCCCCACUCCCGAGCCGCGUCAGCUGGCCGCUUCAGCACGUGGUCAUUCAUGUGGCUGAAGCGCGGCCGGUGCGCGCAUGCGCGCGAGGUGCUUAUCGCGCCGGCACAUGGCGUUCGUUGCAGCGGAACGAGCGUGCCGACACGCUCUCUUCGAAAUGUCGCGAUCGAGUCGACGCAAAAACAAAUCGAGUCGGGGCAAGAUACGGCUUUAACCCUCCAUUGCCCUCGUUUAAAAAAACGAAUCUUAGUUUUCUCGUGUUAAAAAAAUUGUAUUAACAUAAUUCAGAAAAUAACUAUACAGAUAUAAUCUAAAUGGUUAUAAGUAAAAUGUCAGAAAGUUUCAGAGUCAACUUUUAUGCCACAUCUAAGUAAUUAAAGAAGAAAGAAGUGUAAACUGAGCGUUUGCCUCAUACGAGGGCGAUGAAGGGUUAAAGAAAAUCAACCUCAACCAAGUGUGAUAGAUUUAAGCCUGGAAAUUGCCCGCGCGCGCGCGAUUCACCCUCUGUCGUUCGCGACGAAACGCGCGUUCUUCGCGCGUGUAUUUCCGGCUGCUUUCGCCAGCCAGUCGGGUCUUCUGCAAUUGUAAUUCCGAGACAUCCUCGCCGUACUCCGGAUCGCCGAUCCGGUUAAUAGUCUCGAAAAUUGCAAUCGUUUUGAUUGGGCUGUAUCGUUAUCAGUCGCGCAUGUACUAACAGACGUGGCGGCGAUCGUGCGGUUGGAUUCGAGCGAUAAGAGGAGCCCGCUUAUCGUCACCGGGUUUCAGAUGCGGCCUGUUUCGCGACUAGGGAAAAUAUAAUGAAGUUUAAUAAAGAAAAUGAAUAUAUAGUAGGUAAUGGGAGGACGAAACACGUAUAUACUAAUAGAGUUAAUUCAGAAAGAUCUUAACAGUGCGAUUUCGUGCCAGUUGCAUUCGUGGCUCUCCCUCGGGCAGGCUAGGUAGACGGUAAUGUUUAUCGACGCAACGCGCGUUAUCCUAUCCAGACUCUGCAUGUUAAAAUCCCUCUCCGAUCCCACCCUCCCCGUCUCUUCCGAGCAGCGAAUAAACAACAGCUCGAUAUUGUCGAAACGUUCACCACCACCACCACCACCACCACCCCGCGUUCGAAACGGAAGUUUAGACGUUAGGACCAUUUUUUUCGCACGGAAGGAUGCGUUCGUGCGGAUUUACCGAGGAAAAAGCAAGGUAGAGCAUGGAGAGAAAGAGAGAAAGAAUACGGACGGAAGGAGAAACUUGCCGACGCGAGGAUGCAAGUGGCGCGAAGUUGUACGAAGCCUGUUGCAGACUCAGGAACAAAAUAAAAAUGUGGAAUACUACGAUUUCCCAACACUACAUCGAGCCUGUAACAAUGGGGCCAUAUUUUCACAAAGAACGAAAGUGCGUGUUCUCUCGUAAGAAAAAAAAAAAAAAACUUAAAUAAAAUAAAAAGUGAAAUAUUCUAAAUAUCUGCAUCGAUUACACGACGCAGAGGUACAGGUUGGGCCUAAAGUGUGAGGAAGUUUAGAGGACUCAACUUUUAUUGCUCAUAAUGUGUAUAUGUUUGUAAUAAGGGUAUAACUUUCGUAAUUGUGUAUUCGUUCAAGCGCCGCGCACCGACCCAUCGAUCGAACGAACGAACAAAGGACCGACCGACCGACCGACCGACCGACCGACCGACCGACCGAUCCGACCAGACGCGUGCGUUUAUUAUUGACGAAUUUUAACAGAGCGCAUAAUAUAUACACACAUACGAGGACGAAUCGUUUAAGUGGCGUUACCAUGAUUUGUUGUCUUCCUACCGGGUACCGUUAAAUUCCGAAUUCAUUUCACCAACGACGGCGGUGCGUCGCCGUUCUUGCCAAAAGGAGGAAAAAAAGAUGAGGAAAAGAAAAAUAUAUAAGACAAAACGUAACGAGUACUACGAUCGAUAAUUUUAAUUAGCGAGAUGAAACAUAAUUAAUCGGUGACCAUGAGGUGUAGUUUCGAUCGUCGUUUGAUACUUUGUACGUUUCGAUAUAAUUUAGUAUGAAAAGAAAGACUUCUUAGAUUGUAUCGGCGCGAUUAAAUAAAUUUCAUUGUGGAUAGAUGAUUUACCGACGAUGGACGUAAUUUGUAAGAGUUUUAUUAACCCUGCAAAUAUGUGCGUGAUGUAUUAUUUUGAAAUCGAAAUACAAUGAUUUUGUCGAUAAACGACACGGCAUACGUAUAUAAUUCAAUCGUCAUUUGUAAAUUAUAUCCCGAGACGCAACGAGAACGUCGCUCCGAAGUCUUCUCGCAGUCUCGCGAUGCUAUCGAGGUAAUAAAAAAAAAAAAAAAGAAAAAAUGGAGAAAAAGAAAAAAAAACAAAC